AUUCACAGGCCGAACAGUCAUGGUUUAAAAGGCAUUUUUUGAAAACGAUUUCGUUUCAAGUAUCGGAAGUGAUUGCCGCAAGCUAUGACGACCAUUCGAGGUCUUAAAUCGACCGAAUCCGCAAGACCUAGGCCUGCUCCAACGGGGUUCAAUAUUCUAGGAGGCUUAGAGAAUGCCAUAAUAGGUGCUGAUUUUACCCUCUCUUCCCUUUGUACGCAUGUACUUUCACUUCGGUCCUCGCGCCUUCUUGUCGCUUGUUGUCUCCAAAGUACUUGUAAGGGUAUCCGUAUUGGUUUAACCGCCAACCUUAGAGCUUAUUGAAACCUAUCACGACCUCAAUCCUACAAUCAUCGAUGAGUUACAUGAUGACCCGUCUCCCCUGGAGUUUAUGCGCUAUGUCUCUCGGAAUAGGCCAUUCGUUGUUCGAAAGGGUGCCAGUUCGUUUCCUGCCUUCCAAAAAUGGAACGCGGACUACCUCAGCUCGACAAUGAAGGACCUGCCAGUCAAGGUCGCACGUACACCUUGUGGUAAUGCCGAUUCCGUACUUCCAAUCGGGAAUGAAGGCCAUGUUUUCAUAAAACCCCACGAGAUCGAACAGCCGUUUCGCCAUGUCCUUGAGAAGAUCCAGGAGCAGGAACUGUGUCCUGGUCGUUUUGCAGGGCCGACGUGCUACGCUCAAACGCAGAAUGACAAUCUGAGAAAUGAGUACGCUUCACUCUUCGACGACGUACCCAAGUCCAUACCCUUUGCACGUGUCGCUCUAGAGAAGGAACCUGAUGCAAUCAAUUUUUGGCUCGGCAAUUCUCAUUCUACGACAGCACUCCACAAAGACAACUACGAAAACAUAUACGUCCAGAUCAUAGGCCAAAAGCAUUUCGUACUCCUUCCGCCAGUUGAGAGUCCUUGUGUGAACGAGAAAAGCCUCCUCGCAGCAACAUACAAGCCUCGAGAUAUCGAGUUAUCCGAAGAAGACCUCAUUGUACAGAUUGAUGAACCGAAAGAAUACGUCCCUUUUGCUACCUGGGAUCCUGAUGCUAGGGAACAGAAUGGAACCACUUACUCCCCGUACUCUCGGCCGCUGAGGGUCACGCUGUCUGAGGGAGACAUGCUGUACCUGCCUGCUUUGUGGUAUCAUAAAGUAUCACAAACAUGCUCAUCGGAGGGCAUAUGUUGUGCGGUCAAUUAUUGGUACGACUUGGACUUCAGUGGUUCGUUCUGGGCGAUGUCGAACUUUGUGAGAGGGGCAGGAUUGGUUAGUCUGCAGCAAAAUUAAAUGGCAGGAAAUCUAAGUCUGGAAGAAUAAUUCAAGGCAAUGCAACAUAGGUACUUCGAAUUCUAUAUGGG